AUGGUUCAUCCGAUCCUACAGAGCAGCUCAAGCGUGCAGAAUGAUACUCCUAACAAGAGCAUAUCAGAUUACGUCAAACCAAUUGUUGGCUUUCUGCCCCGUCUUCAUGCCCUCGUUAUUGGACCAGGCCUUGGUCGUGACCCGUUAACUCAGAAGAUAACAGCCAGUGUGAUCAAAGAGGCAAUUAAACAAAACGUUGCAUUGGUCAUGGAUGCUGAUGCCUUGAUACUUGUUCAAAACGAUCCUAAGCUAGUACACGGCUAUAAAGAGUGUAUAUUGACUCCCAAUGUGGUGGAAUUUGCUCGACUCAGCAAAUCAGUUGGCCUUGACCCCCCAUCGAGCGAGGGCAAGUCCGACUCGGACAAGGAGAAAUCCAGGUCUGAUGCGUGUGAGAAACUAUCUCGUGCGCUGGGCGGUGUUUUAAUUAUCCAAAAAGGACCUCAUGAUGUCAUUUCUAAUGGUGAUGUAUCCAUUAUAUCUGAUGUUGAAGGCGGGAAGAAACGAAGUGGUGGGCAAGGCGAUACCCUUACCGGUUCGCUGGGAACCUUCAUGGCGUGGAGAAAAGCAUAUCAUGACGGGCUUUGGGACGAUGGCUCAACUUCAAGUGCUGAUGAGGGUUCUGGAGAUGAUCCUCAAAUGAUUAAAAAGGAGAUUUACGGUGAUAUCAAUCACGGCAAGAAAAUGUCAAGGAAAACUACGUUGUUAUUGGCUGCUUGGGCAGGCAGCGCUAUUACACGAGAAUGCUCUAGGAGGGCGUUUCUAGCGAAAGGUCGAAGCAUGCAGGCGGGUGACCUGACGGAAGAAGUACAUGAAAGUUUUAUGGAAUUGAUUGGUGAGAGGCAAGAGGACGGAUCGAAGCUGUGA